AUGUUGCGCGAAGUUAAAGCCAAGAACCCGCGCACAGCGCGCAUUCUCAAGGCGCGAGAGCCGCAACUCAUCGAGCCCCCAAAGAAAACGCUAAUUCUCCACGGCACAAAAUGUCCCCAGGCACUGGACACCGUGCUGAAGACCUUCCACUCCCUCACAAAGCCUCACUCCGUCCUGUUCCACAAGAAGAAUGAAAACAUUCACCCAUUCGAGAACCUCGAGAGCAUGGAGUUUCUGGCCAACAAGAACGAGUGCCCUCUGGUCGUGUUCGGCAGCAGCAACAAGAAGCGUCCCAACUGCCUGACCCUGGCCCGAAUUUUCAACUCACAGCUUCUCGAUAUGUGCGAGCUUCUUCUCCUGCCUUCUAAGGGCGAUAACGAUAUUCCUCCCAUCAACGAGCUCACCAUGCACGUCGGCUUGGGCCUGCGACCCAUGAUGCUUUUCGCCGGAACCCCGUUCGAAGACCCGACUUCCUCAUCUCACGCCAUGCUCAAGACUUUCUUCCUCGACAUGUUCAAGGGCGAGGAGACGACCGCUAUCGAUGUCGAGGGUCUGCAGUACGUUCUGAUGGUCGGUGCCGAGGAGCCCCGUGACAACCUCUCUCCUGUUGUUCACUUGCGUUGGUACAAGGUUAUCACAAAGCGCAGUGGCCACAAGCUUCCUCGCGUGGAAUUGCAGGAGAUUGGUCCCAAGUUCGACUUCAAGAUUGGCCGUAUGCGUGCCGCUUCAGCCGACGCUAUGAAGACCGCCAUGAAGCAGGGCAAGCGGCCCAACGUUGAUAUCAAGACGAAGAAGAACAUCAUCGUGGACUCGAUCGGUGACAAGGUCGGUCGUGUGCACCUGGGCAAACAGGAUCUUGCGGGCCUGCAGACGCGUAAGAUGAAGGGUCUGAAGCGUCGUGCUGGUGUGGAGUCAGAUGAGGAGGAGGAGGGCGAGAAUGAGGAUAUGAUGUCGGUGGAUGAAAUCUCGGAUGAUGAGGAGAGCCACAAGCGGGCCCGUACUCAGUAA